AUGGCUACUGGUAGACAUAGGUAUAAGUUUGUUGAUGGUGAGCCUAGGGAUGAAUUAAAAUGCAGCAUUUGUACAUUCGUACUAUGUGAUCCUCAACAAGCUACCUGCUGUGCAAAAAGGUUUUGCAAGAGCUGUCUAGACCAAAUGGAAGACAAAAGGUGUCCUUUAUGUCGAGAGCCAAUCAACUGCUUUAGAGAUGGUGGAAUCAACCGUGAGAUCAUGGGUCUUAAGGUUUACUGUACUAACAGUGAGGAGGGUUGUGAGUGGCAGGGAACUAUUAAUGAAACUAAUGAUACAUCAAUUGAUACUCAUCUUAAUAGUUGUCCCUAUCAACUGGUACCUUGUACUAAUGAGUGUGGAGAGAAGAUUAGGAGAAGUUCACUGGAGAUACAUCUGACAGAUAACUGUCUUGAACGAAUGGUUAACUGUCAGUAUUGCAACCAAAGAGGUCAAUAUCAACUGAUAACAAGCAGCAAUCAUUUUGAUGAGUGUCCUGACCUCCCAAUCCAAUGCAGUAAUGAAGGUUGCAAUAUGACACCACGACGACGUUCACAAUCACUACACAAUGAGACCUGCCCUAAAGCUAUCAUACCAUGUGCAUACAAUACGGUUGGAUGUAAAAAGAAAAUGAAGAGAGAAGAACAAGAGAAGCACAAUGAAGACUCAAUAACAGCACACGUACAACUGACAAAGAAACAGCUAGGGAAG